AUGGGGCGUUUCGGGCAGGCCUCGCCGUACGUGGGACCGCUCUGGGUUGUUGAGGUUGCCCCGAACCUCCUCCUCGGGGCCCUCGGCGAAGGGGAAAGGCGCAGGAGGAGAACCAGAACGUUUGGGAGGGUUACUGUUGGAAAAUAUUUUCUAGGAGGUCAACCAGCCAACCAGAUUUUUUCAUUUUAUAACACAGGAUUAAUUGACAUUGGAGAGACAUCCCUGUAUCCAGAAAAUUUACCUCCUGAAGAGGUUUUGGAGCUGGAAAACAAAGCUGUCCUCUGUAAUCUAGAGCAGAAAUACUUGACUGUUGUUUCAAAUCCACGAUGGCUGCUGGAACCAAUUCCUGCCAGAGGGAGCAGAGGUAUAUGGCAGGUGGACAUCCCUGAAGAAUUGAUUCCUCCAGAAUCAUAGGAGUUGCCCCCUGCUAUAUUUUUUCCUUUCUGAAUGCAAACUUGUGAUUCACCAGUCAGCAUCUUGAAUGCAAGUGAAUUAUUUAGGAUUCCUUUCCAAAGGUAAUUGUCUGAAAUAAUAAAUAUAUUUGUAGAACAACUGUUUUGAGACAAAAUAAUGAAGAUCUCAUUCUUACGACCAUUACCGGAAGAUAGUUAUGAUUUUACUAAAUCAUAAUAAAUGUGACUUUUUAAUACA